GUCCCCCCCCCCCUCCGCCUUCCUCGGUUCCGGACUACAGCUCCCGGCAGCGCUGCCGGCGGCAUCCCAGGAAUUCGCGCCGCGGGAUGGCGGCGCCGCCACCGCCACAGCUCAAGGCCCCGCCGCUCUGAGGAGACGAGAGACGGGUUGAAGGGAACCGGGCCGGGCUGAGGGAACGGAGACGGGCUGAAGGGACUGGGCUGGGUUGAAGGGAUCUGGACGGAGCGAGGAGGCCGGGCGGGGUCAAGGUGGGGAAGGGGGGGGAAACACCCCCCCCCCCCCCCCCCCAAAGAAGUGUGAGGAGCCCCGGUGAGGGGAGCGAUGGCGGAGCCGCUGCUGCGGCGAACCUUCUCCCGCCUGAGGGGCCGCGACCGCCCGCGCGGGAAGAAGGCGGACGCCAAGGAUAGAGAGCAUCCCCCGCCAAGCCCCGAUUCUCCGGUGGACCCCGAGGCGGCAUUGGCGGAGCCGGUGCCGGCGGCAUCCCGCAAGCAGAACUGGGCCCGUUUUUCCUGCGGCGGCCGCGAUGAGAGGCGGCCGCUGCCUCCUAAAGCCUCCCCGGAUCCGGUGGACGCCGGUGAACUGGACCCUGCUGCCGGCAGCCCCCGGCCUGGCAUCGAACCGCCCAGUGAGGAGGAUGUGGAGCCGGCGGAGGAAGCCGAGGCGGUGAACGGCUCCGGGGAGCUUGGUGGUCCCGGUAGGAGCCCCGGGCACGGCGCCUACCUGCAGAGCUUGGAGCGGAGCAGCCGGCACUGGGUGCUGUCAUCGGUGAAGGGACCAGGGCUGGAUGAGCCGGGCGGCGGAGCCGAGGUGGAUGCCGGUGCUGCCGGCAGUGAGGGCGAGAUCUGGUACAACCCCAUCCCUGAAGAUGAGGACCCCCAGCCUGGGAGCUCCUGGAAGACGUGGGGCGGAGGGAGCCGUGACGCUGAGAGGGGCCGUGGUGGGGAGUCACCCCCGAAGACGGGUAGGGAAGACCCCCCCUGGGGCAGUUUGGGAACGGCAGAGAGCUCCGGACCUCGCAGCGGCACAGCUCCGGUGCUGCCAGCGGCUGGCCGAGGAGAGGAGCCAGGAGCCGGCAGGACCCAGGCUUGCGGGAAGAUGCCGAUCCCAUGCGUGAGCUCGGGGACGGGGCUGACCACCCCCUCGCCCCCCGCCAGCCCCAAAAAGGGCCGUUCGCUCAACAAGGUCAAGUCCCCAGGUACCGUACGUCGCCUCUCCAUGAAGAUGAAGAAGCUGCCGGAGCUACGGAGGAAGCUGAGCCUACGCAGCCCCCGUCCCCGGGGCCAAGAGGGUGGCACCUCGCCUUCCGAAACCCGCAAGGAAUCCAGCAACGUCAUCAGCCGCUACCACCUAGACAGCAGCGUGGCUUCGCGGCCGGGAUUGCCACGAGCCAAAGCAUCCGGCAAAGGCGGCUACUUGAGUGACGGCGACUCCCCGGAGCUGCCGGCUAAAGCUGGGGCGCGUGCCGAACCGGAGGAUGGGGAAACCGGGCUGGAUGUGGGCGCUUUCCGCCCCUACAGCUGUGGGGAGACGCCGCCGCGGUGCGGGCAGCACAUCUCGGGGCUGGUGAGCGUUCACCUCCACGGCGUGCGGGACCUGAAGCCGCCGCGGGCCGAAGCCCGGGAGGUUUUCUGUGUGUUGCAGGUGGACGCGGCCAACCGGGCUCGCACGGCUUUGCUGCCCUGCAAGACGGCGUUCCUUGGCCUCAACCAUACCUUCAACCUGGAGCUGGAGGGUGCCCGGCACCUCAAGGUGAUCGUUUUCUCCUGGGAUCCCACCUCCUGCCGCAACCGUCUCUGCUGCCACGGCACCGUGGUCCUGCCCCACAUUUUCAAAGGUUGCCGGGCCCAGCAGCUGGCGGUGCGGCUGCAACCUCGUGGUGUCCUCUACUCCAAAUUCACCUUGGUGGAGCAGUGGGAAAGUCCCGGUGAGCGGGAACCCCGCGUCUUCGGCGUGGAGCUGGGCCAGCUGGUGGAGAGGGAGAAGACGGCCACCAAAGUGCCCCUGCUCAUCCAGAAAUGCGUUGCCGAGAUAGAGAAACGAGGGCUGAAGGUGGUGGGGUUGUACCGGCUCUGCGGCUCGGCCGCCGUCAAGAAGGAGCUUCGCGACGCCUUCGAGAGGGACAGCGCGGCCGUGACGCUCUCGGAGCAGCUCUAUCCCGACAUCAACGUCAUCACGGGGAUCCUCAAGGAUUAUUUGCGGGAGCUGCCCACGCCGCUCAUCACCCCCACGCUCUACCACGUCGUCCUGGAGGCCAUGGCCAAGCGACCCCCUUGGGCCCCCCCAGGAGAGCGGGACGCCGUCACCCUGCUCGACUGCCUGCCUGACGUCGAGAAGGCCACGCUGACGCGGCUCCUGGACCACCUCAGCCUGGUGGCCUCUUUCCACGAUUUCAACCGCAUGAACUCGCAGAACAUCGCUGUCUGCUUCGGGCCCGUCCUGCUCACCCAGAACCAGGAAUCCCGGCGUUCCGGCACCGGUACCGGUAACCGCGGCUACGCCCACUACGAGGACAUCGCGAGCGCCGUCGAUUUCAAACGGCACAUCGAGGUGCUGCACUACCUGCUGCAGGCCUGGCCGGCCCCCCGCUCAACCCCGACCCCCCCACUUUGGGAAGGGGCGCAGCCCGCUUGCCCGCAGCAGCAACGGGGGCCACCGCUGCGACUGGACCUGCUGGAGAGCGCGGUGGUGGCCCGUCACCGUCCCCGAGGACCGGAGAGCCCCCCCAGCAACCGCUACGCGGGCGACUGGAGUAUCUGCGACCACCAAUUCCUACUGGUACCCGGCGCAGCCGGCGACGCCGAUUACAACGAGGUGGCUGCCGGCGACGGUGACACCGGGAUGCCGGUACGGCGGUCUCCCCACCAGCGGACCCUCUUCGUGACCGAUUUCGCCCUCGGCGAGGAACCCGAGGCGCCUUUCGGCCCCCGCCUCAACCUCAAGGACUUCGACGCGCUCAUCCUCGACCUCGAGCGGGAACUCGCCAAGCAGAUCAACGUCUGCCUGUGAGGUCGGUGCCGCCGCCGGUGCGAGAGCGACCAAAAAAAAAAAAAAAAAAAAAAAAAAAAAAAGCAGCACUUGCCUCUGGUUGCCUUCGAUUUGCACAGCGCCGAACAGGAAGGACCCCCGACGCUGAGGGUGAUGCUGCCUUCGGUGAGGUGGGGGCUCCCCCCAAAACAGCCCCGGCUCCGGUUUUCACCCUCCCCGGUGGUUUUUUUUUUUUUUUUGGGGGGGGGGGAAGCAGAGAAGGGAUGCGGGGUUCGGUGCCUCUUGCUCGGCUUUUUUUUUUUUUGUUUGUUUUUAUUUUAUAUGGCCAAAUUUUGCCCUCAAGUGCCUGUUUGUCCCCUUCUCCUUUCCCUGGUGGCCCCCCCAGGCUGCCACCCCCCCCCCCCAAAACCCCCCCCCCCCCCCCAGUAUUAGGAAAUAUUGACAAGGGUCCAUGACCUCCAUCGCUCAGGCUGGUGGGGGGGGGGCAUCCCAUCCCCCCCCACUCCCCCAAACCCCCUUCCCCGCUGCAUCUGCACCCUGAGGAGGGUGACAGGGCUCCCUCCUGGCACCCGCGCCCAGCCUGGGUGGCAGUGGGGACCCCCGCACCCUCCCUAAGGUUGUGUUGUGUCCCCCCCCCAUUUUCUAGCCCCCCCCUUUCAAGGUGGGGGCUGCUGGUACGGGAGCGCUGAGCUUUAUUUAUUACUCGAGCUUCGUGUGCGUGUGUAUGCGUGGAUGGACGGCGGAUGCCGUCACCGUAGCCUGCAACUAAAAAAAAAAAACCAAAAAACCCCCUUUUUACCCCCAAAAUAAACCCGCUGCCAGUGUUACAGUGGAGGGGGGGGGCUCCCCAAAAUAGCUCCCCCUCCCCAAAACCAGCCUUGCUCAGUAUUAGCCUUAAAGGAACCAGCUGAAUGUGAAACCACCGGCCCGGCCGGGCUGAGCCACCAGUAUUAAAGCGUCCGGGCAUGGGGUACAGGUGGGGACGGGGUGACCAAGUUGUCCCCUGUCCCCUCCCGGGGUGGCCUGACACCCCCCCCCCCCCCAACUUUGUCCCACCACUGCCUUGUCACCAUCACCAGCAAUAAAUGACACAAGCUGCACUCGC